AUGGGCAUGGAUUCAGCGCUGACGCUCAAUGCAGCUGAAUACAACCCCCUCGACCACCUGAACGCCAUCUUCUCCCACCCCGCCGCCCUCUCCUCGGUUGCUGCUACGUCCGAGGCGCUCCGCAGCUACCACGAUGAUCUUGACGAAGAUAUCGCGGGCAUCGUCGCCUCACAGUCGGCCUCAGAUGCCGACAGCGUGCAGCGCAUUCAGGCCGCCAAGGCAGAGCUGGCGGACCUGUUCAAGACCAUCGAGAGCGUGCGCGAGCGAGCCAUGCAGACAGAGCAGACCAUCACCGACAUGACGGCAGAUAUCAAGCGUCUGGAUAGCACCAAGCGGAAUCUAACACUGUCCAUGACGGCAUUGAAGCGGCUGCAAAUGCUGACGACGGCCUACGAACAACUGCGGAGCUUGAGCAAGUCGCGGCAGUACCGAGAGUGCGCCCAGCUGCUGCAGGCUGUCAUCCAGCUUGUGGCACACUUCAAGAGCUACCGCUCCAUAGAUCAGAUUGCCACCCUGAGUCGCAAUGUGGCCGAUGUGCAGGGCGAGCUCCUCGAGCAGGUUUGCGAGGAUUUCGAGGUCACUUUUACCAAGGGUGAAGUCGCACAGCGAAGGGCUAUGCUUGCGGAGGCUUGCAAUGUCAUUGAUGCUCUCGGUGAGCACGCUCGGACGCGGCUCAUCAACUGGUAUAGCAACACGCAACUCCGCGAAUAUAGACAAGUCUUUCGCGGCAAUGAUGAAGCAGGCUCAUUGGACAACAUCUCGAGGCGAUAUUCUUGGUUUACUCGGAUGAUGAAGACAUACGAUGUCGAGCAUGCGUCCAUCUUCCCGCCUUACUGGCGCGUCAACGAGAUGUUGGCCAAUUCUUUCUGCGAAGGCACGCGCGAGGACUUCAAGGCCAUCCUACAACGUUCCAUGCGGCGAGGAGAUGGACAAACGCUGGACGUCGAUCUGCUACUCUCGUGUCUGCAAGAGACGCUAAACUUUGAGCACGGCCUGGAACGGAGAUUCUCCAAUGAGUCACGAUCUUCCAUCGAUACCAUGGCGUCUAAGGAUGAUAGGUCGCCUGGCUUUACCCAAGCCAUCUCUGAGGCUUUCGAGCCGUACAUGAGUCUCUGGGUAGAAUCACAAGAUAAACAACUUGCUACUCUGAUACCCAAGUACCGGCAACAGCCGCUGCGAAAUGCCGAGGAGGACUUCUCGCAUCAAGCCGUUAUCCCUUCCUCAACCGAGCUUUUCCACUUCUACCGUCUUACCUUGGCUCAGUGUGCUAAGCUCUCAACUGGCACGAGAUUGCUGGAGCUUUCCACCACGUUUGCCAAGUACCUAGAUCAGUAUGGUCAGCAAGUGCUGUACUACUUCCUAAGUGAGAAGUCAGGGGCUCAAGGACCAUCCCUAGAGGAUGCAAUCCUCAUUCUCAACACUGCAGACUAUUGCUACAUCACUUGCAAUCAACUAGAGGAGAAGAUCAAAGGUCGCAUCGAUGAAGAGCUUAAAGCGAAGGUCGACCUGCAAAGCCAGGCCGAUGCCUUUAUGGGCAUCGCCAGUUCCACAGUGCGUAUGCUAGUAAGAAGAGUCGAGAUUGCAUGCGAGCCCAGUUGGAGGGAGAUGCGCAACACGCCUUGGGCAAAGCUUGAAAGCGUAGGCGAUCAGAGUACCUAUGUUGCAGAGCUCUUGCGCCACUUCAAGGAAAGGUCUGCCGAAAUCCUAAAGUAUCUUCAUAAACAACAAUAUGCACGUGCCUUUAGCGACCACUUAGUCGACCUAAUGGCAACGACAUACAUCGCCAACAUCGUGCAGAGUAAGCCAAUUUCAGAAGCCGGCGCUGAGCAGAUGCUGUUGGACUCUUAUGUUCUGAAGAAAGGCUUCACGGAGCUGCCCACGCUUAACGAGGAGCCUGGGACAGCACCACCCGCGAACUUCGUCAAGCGAGUAACCCAAUCAAUGUCAAAAAUCGACCCCCUUCUCAAAACCCUACAAGUUCGCCCCUCGCCCCCCGAGGCCCUCGUGCAAGCCUACCUCAUCCAUAUCGCCGACAAAUCUGACACGAAUUUCCGCAAAAUUCUCGAGCUCAAGGGUAUUCGCAAAGCUGAGCAGACACAGCUUCUGGAUCUCUUCGCAGCAUUUCGUGCGUCACCGAACCACGAAGGCCUUGUGGAGAACAGUCCAUUGCUCACGCCAUUGCAAAUGCAGAGUACUCAUGGUGGCACAGGGAUUGGGAGUUUGGGUAAUGCGGGCAGUGUUAUGGGUACGCCGAAUUUGGGUGGAGGACGGUUUGACCCCGCGGGUUUGGGAAAUAUGCUUGUCAAUGCAGCGAGGGACGGCGUGGAUCGGUUUGGGAGUCCGGCGCCAGGGCAACAGCAAGGUGCAGCGGAUGGUGGAGUCGGGGCUGUGGGAGAUGCAGCCAAGGCGAAUCUUGAGAGCAAUUUGAAGAACAUUGGGAAGUUCUUUAGAAGAGAUGUUGGAGGGUUUAGGGGAUUUGGACGUAAUGAGGAAGGGCGGUAG